GUUGUAGGUUGAAGCCGCAGAGGCUGUCGGGAAUCCCAGGAGGCGGCGACCCAGCUCCGAGCGGCGGCCCGGGGCUUGGCUUGGAGCAGGCACCGAUCGCCUCCCGGAGCUCCUCUCCUUCCCUACAGCGCUCUCCCGGCAGCGGCUCGCCGCCGCUGCCCCCGCCGCCGGCCGUCGUGGGGAGGCGGAAGAGCCUUCGGGAGCAUCUCCGACUCAGCUACCUCGGAUGGGGAUGUGGAGGCAGGAGGCGGAGCUACCUGGGCAGAGAAGGCCGAAGUUGAGAGCGAGAAGCGGAGCGCAGAACUCCGCAUUGGCGCUGCGGGUCCCCUGAGGCCUCCAGAGGAGCAGCCCUCGGCCCUGGAAAGCCGCGCGGCUUCCCGGUGAGGGGGGGGGGGAAACCUCGGAAGAGAGGCUCCCCUCGGGGGCUCUUCAGCCCGGUCUUGCAACUUUUCCCCGCUUUCUGCUCUUUUAACUCUCCUGCCUCGUGAAGGUGGCGGUGCGAAGAGCUCCUGCCUCCCCGGGGAAGAAGGGAAGGAUAAUGGUUGGCAGCCACAUCCCAGGGAUGAUCUUUGGCUCUUGGCUCUUCUUUUGAAGCUUUCCUUUCGCGGCAACCUCCCCCUCCCACCCCCCGAAAAGAGGAAUUCUAAGUGCAGGGGGAAGACGCGGAAACUGAAGAGACGGAAGAGAGGAGUGUCUUCUGGGGCCUCCGGGAGAACUGCAACAGCCUCUGCUACUUUCUUCUUUUUUGUUGUCGAAGUAAUGCCGUUGUGACCUUAAGUAAGAUUUCUACAUCCUGCACAAUUUGCCGGCCCAAAGACGCCGAGAAAGCACUCGGCCUUUUUGCACGUUACCUCUCGCCUUUGAAAAAGACUUGUUAGGUUGGAUGGUUGCUCUACCAUUUCAAAUGCUUUUGGAAAUGAAUGGGCAAACUUGCUGAAAAAAAUCUGAUAUCGUUGGGAAAAAAUUGGUCUGUGACAAAUCUCUUUUAUCAAAGAAGGUUUCCGGGAAUGGAUCCCUUUCUGGAUUUGCUGAAUUCAUUUUCAAGGGCCUUGUCGCCCGCGGAGCUUGAAGAUCUUAAAUUUCUUUGCCACAGCCACAUUGGUAAAAAAAAACUUCAGGAGGUGAGCCGUGGCAAUGAGCUCUUUGCGAUUCUCCUGGAACAGGAAAAAAUUGCCUCCAACGAUGUAGGGUUUUUGAGACAGCUGCUCAAAACCCUGAAAAGAGAAGAUCUAUUAACUCAACUGGAGCAGUAUGUCAAAACAGAAGAUGGUGAUCCAGGUCGUCAGCCAGAUGAUGAACAGAAAUAUAAACUGAAAAGAGCUUUUGAAAUCAUAUGUGAACAUGUUGGAAGGAACUGGAAAAUGCUCGCUCGAAAACUUGGAAUUUCAGAUGCCAAGAUGGAUAAGAUUAUAGCUGCUAAUCCCUACAAUUUGGAAGAACAAUUAAUGCAGUCGCUUGUAGAAUGGCAAAAAUCAAAAGGAAAGGAUGCGAAGGUGGAGGAUAUAAUAAAAGCUCUCAGGGACUGUCGAAUGAACCUAGCAGCAGAUUAUGUUGAAGAAGCUGUGAAAGAAGCUGAAACUCAGUAGGAUCAGUCAGAAGAGACUCUGUUGGCAUUGAAUUAAACAUUCACAAGAGAAAACUAGGGGUGCCACAUCUGGGCUGCAGACAUGAAUGAUCAUUAGAUGGCAGCAAAGUGACACAGAAAAUGUUUGACAUUUUGCUUUUACGUAAUAGUUUACAAAAUUUUUGUAGCCAAAUUUGCAAAGUUCUGCUUCAAUUAAAAGAUUUUCCUAAU